ACAGUGAGAUGUCAUUAAGAUUUUAUUCAUUUUUAUUUUCAACACUUUAUAUUUACUCAGUUCUGUCUGUAGAGGGCGGUGUGAUUGAUCAACGGUCACCUGCCAUCUUUACAGCGUAGAAGAAGAAGGAAAGAAAACAACAUGGCGGCGUCCAGUGAACACGCUGAAGUCCCGUCCACAGUGACAGAUCCUCCAAACAUUGACAAAACAGAAGCCCCAGAAACCUCCAGAGACCCGGACACUUCAGACUCAGAGCAUGCAGGUCAGGACCCAGAUCCGGACCCGGAUGAGGACGAAGAUUCGGACGGAGGCGAACCGCCGGAGCCGAAGAUCCGAGAAACCCCGGAGGACAUCAAGCUGGAGGCGAUCGCCAACACGGUGGCCCUUCACCCGAGCAGGGACAUCCUGGUGUGCGGGGACGUGGACGGGGACGUGUACGCGUACUCCUACUCGUGUACGGAGGGGGAGAACCGGGAGCUGUGGUCGUCCGGACAUCACAUGAAGUCCUGCCGCCAGGUGCGGUUCUCCGCGGACGGGCUGAAGCUGUACAGCGUCUCCCGGGACAAAAACAUCCACCUGCUGGACGCGGAGCGGGGACAGCUGGUGACGAGGAUCCGAGGGGCGCACGGAGCUCCCAUCAACAGCCUGCUGCUGGUGGACGAGAACAUCCUGGCGACCGGAGACGACGGAGGCACACUCAAGGUUUGGGAUAUGAGGAAGGGGACGGACAUCAUGGAUCUGAAACAGCAUGAGGAUUACAUCAGUGACAUCGCCGUGGACCAGGCCAAGAGAAUCCUCCUCACUGCCAGUGGUGAUGGUACCAUGGGUGUCUUCAACAUCAAGAGGCGGAGAUUCGAGCUGUUGUCAGAGUACCAGAGUGGCGAUCUGACCUCGGUGGCGCUGAUGAAGCGGGGCAAGAAGGUGGUUUGCGGCUCCAGCGAGGGGACUAUCUACAUCUUCAACUGGAAUGGCUUCGGAGCCACCAGCGACCGCUUUGCCCUCAAGGCUGAGUCGGUUGAGUGCAUCACCCCGGUGACCGACAACAUCAUGUGCACCGCCUCCAUGGACGGUUACAUCCGAGCCGUGAACCUUCUUCCCAACCGGGUCCUGGGCUGCAUCGGGCAGCAUGUCGGCGAACCCAUCGAAGAGCUCGCCAAGUCCUGGGACUCACGCUUCCUGGUCAGCAGCGCCCACGACCAGCUCAUCAAGUUCUGGGACAUUUCCAGUUUGCCCAACAUGACUGUCAACGAAUACCGCAAGAGGAAGAAGAAACAUGGCCGAAUGAAGUCUCUCACUAAGAAAGCCCACGGAGAGAACGACUUCUUCUCAGGACUUGUAGAGGAAACAGAAACAAAGCAGGAGGAAGAAGGGGACGGGGAGGAAGAGGAAGAGGAAGAGGAUGACAGCGACAGUGGCAGCGAUUAAAAAGCAGUUGGUUUCAUGUUUUGAAACAUGUCGUAACUGUGCCUUCAGACAUUUUGGUGCCGAAUAUGGAAGUAAGUGCUGUUGGACGGCACUGUGGCAGGUCCUGGAUCUGAUCCCUGCAGUGUCAGAUCCUCCUUCUAGAUACGACUUGACAAGAAAACAAAACCACCAGUGAUGAAUCUGUGUUCAUAAAUGUGAAUGUGAGGAUGAGACAAAUAUGUCUUUCCUCAAAACGAUCACACUAAAGUUAUUAUAAGUAAAGAUAUCGUAUGCCUGGUUAAUGAACCUACAUACUUUUUUGGAACAAACCAAAUGUGUCUGUGACAGAGAGUCAGAAGUUUCUUCUUAUAUUGAGCAGAUCAUUCCUGGUUUCAAACAAAAUCAAGCAAUUUUUCAAAAAAGUGUCUCACAGAAUUAUAACUCAGAUGCUUGUGUUUCGGAAAACAUCCAAGAACUUUUUCGUCUAAUGAAAAUAAACUUGUUUAUUUGGGAAAAAUGUAACGUUUGUUAUUUGUACCAAAAGUACAGUUGGACAGUGUUUGACAAUACAUUUGUAUUUAAUUAAUAAAAUAAGUUACAGUUGCUUAUGAUACAUGCAAACUUUAAUUUAUUCAACACAUGAUAGUUCCUGAAAAGGGUACAAAGAUGUUUUAUGUUUUGCUGGUUCCAUACAAGAGAUGUCAGCUAUUUUAAUUCUGAGUUCUUAUUAUUCCCAACUAUGUUGAUUAAAAACUUGACAGUUAAAGGAGCAGUCUGUAGUUUGGGGCAGAAAUGUUAAUAAGAAGAGACACAAACAGCAAAAUAAUCAGACUCUCUUCGUCUGCAUGACCGAAUAAACUGAAUAAACAAACUGAUCUGAAAUAUA